AUGAGACAAUCAAAUAAAUCUCGUGUCAAUCAAACAUCUAAUUUACCAGAACCAUCACUAUCUUACAAUAAACAUUCCAAUGAUUAUGAAUUCAUUAAAGAACGUCCGUUAAAAAAAUUAAGAUCGCAAAAGAACACUAAUGACGAUUUUGUUAAACCUGAAUUACCGGAAUUCUUACAAAAUAUGGGUCCUGGUCUAUCACCAUUGAAAGAAAAUCCACCGGUUACAUUAUCGUGGCAUGAUGUUCGAGCAAUAACACCUGUUAAACAAAAUUUUAUUACAAAAAAAAUUAAUGAAUGUUUAGGUAAAGAAGCUAAAAGACCUAAAGAGUUAUUAAAAGGAGUUAGUGGUAUUAUCAAAUCGGGUGAGAUGUGUGCCAUUAUGGGAGCUAGUGGUGCUGGUAAAACAACUUUAAUGAAUAUAUUGACUCAUCGUCGACCAGGUAAAUUACAUAUUAGUGCUGAUGUUCGAAUAAAUGGUCAAAAAAUGAAAAGAGAUAUAUCCGGUGUAUCAGGUUUUGUUCAACAAGAAGAAUUAUUUGUUGGUUCAUUAACUAUUCAAGAACAUCUUCAAUUUCAUUCAAUGCUUCGUCUUGGAAAAGAAUAUACACAAGAUGAACGAAUUAAUCGUGUUGAUGAAGUUAUUGAAUUUCUUAAUUUAACUAAAGUUAAAAAUACAACUAUUGGUAUUCCAGGUGUUGUUAAAAGUUUAUCUGGUGGUGAAAAACGUCGUGUAACAUUUGCUACUGAAAUACUUAGUGAUCCUCCAUUACUUUUUUGUGAUGAACCAACAUCUGGUUUAGAUUCAUCUAUGGCAUUUAUUUUAAUACAAGCUAUGCGAAAAUUAGCUGAUCAAGGUAAAACAAUUAUUUGUACUAUACAUCAACCAUCAUCAGAAAUAUUCUUUUUAUAUGACAAAUUAUAUUUAUUAGCUGAAGGUCGACUAGCAUAUUUUGGUUCACUUGAAAAAGCUCCAGCAUUUUUUCGACAAUUCGGUUUGGAAAUUCCACGUAAUUAUAAUCCAGCUGAUUUUUAUAUUCAACAACUUGCUAUUUAUCCAAAAACAAGUCAAAAAAAUCUUACUCAAAUUAAACAUAUCUGUGAUGGAUAUGAGAAGUCUUCAGAAUAUUCUCGUUAUAAGUCAGAAAUAAAUUCUCUUCAUUCAACAUACACAGAAGAUGAUAAUGAUAAUUUCUUUUUACGAUUAUUUAAUCGAUGUUGUUCAGAAGAUGAACAAAAUGAUUUAAACGAUAAUGAUAUACAACAUAAAAAAACAUCUAGAUAUAAAACAAAUAGUUUUACACAAUUUCGUUGGUUAUUAUGGCGUAAUUUUGUUAAUAUUUUUAAAAAUCCAUUUGAAAUUCGACUUAAUAUUAUACUUGCUCUUUUCAUGGGUGUUCUUCUCGGUCUUUUAUAUAAUCGUCUUAAGUAUGAUCAAACAGGUGUACAAAAUUUUAAUUCAUUAAUUUUUUUAACGAUUAUUAACACAUCAUUUCUAAAUAUAGUUGCUAUCACGCAAAGUUAUACUAAAGAAUUUCCAAUAUUUUAUAAAGAACAUGAUGAUGCUGUUUAUCGUAUGACACCAUAUUAUUUUGCAAAAUUUAUUACUGAACUUCCUUUUUUUCUAUUAACAACUUUCAUUCAAGUAACAAUCACAUAUUGGAUAACAAAUUUAUAUGCAUCAGCAAAACGAUAUUUUAUAUUUCUUGGAAUAGUUACUUUAAUAAGCUUUGCAUCGGUUGGUCUUGGUUCAGUUUUGUCUGUUAUUGCGGAUACACCUGAACAAGCUCAAGCAUUACAAUCACCAAUUCUUCUUCCAUUGAUGGUUUUUGGUGGAUUCUUUUUAAAUAAUCAAUCUGGUCAAAAAUGGUUAACAUGGCUUAAAUAUAUUAGUUGGUUUUAUUAUGGUAAUGAAGUAUUACUCAUAAAUCAAUGGGCUGAUGUGAAUAAUUUACCAUGUGAAGGUCUUGCGCCAGGACUUCCAUGUUAUCAUAAUGGAGAUGAAGUUUUAAAAUUAGUUGAUUUUAAUAAGUCUCAUUUUGGUUAUGAUAUCGGUCUCAUUGUUGUACUAUGUUGGCGGUCGAAAAUUUCCAAUAAAAAAUCCGAAAAUAAACAAAAUUCUCAAUCAAAUAUAAAAUCUAUUCAAACAGAUUAUUCAACAAAUAUAUCUGUAUCACAACCAAUUGAUACAAGAAAUUCUUUAAGUACAGCAAUAACAAUUGAAAGUAGUAAUGUAUCUAGUCCAAAUAAUGAAACAUUACAAUUAUUAAAAAAUCAACAGCAACAACAACAAACGUCAAUAAUAAAAGAUCAAAAUAAUUCGAUAUCACAACUGUUACCGAAAUUUUUUCAUUUUGGUUCAUCAUUUACAUCAUUAACAAAAAAAAAUGAACAACAAAUACCUAAUGUCAAUUUAUUUGAAACAUCGAUUGAACGAGAACAAAUACUUGAUCGAGAAUUUCAAUCACUUGAUAUUGAUGCAGAUGGUUAUGUAUCUAUAGCUGAUUUGCAAUCUGUAUUGAAAAAUUUUUCACAUAUAUGUAAUUCGAAUGAAGUAAUGUUACGUAUAUUUAAAGAACUUGAUAUUAAUGAUGAUAAACGAAUAUCAAAACAAGAAUUUAAAUUAUAUAAAAAUAUUUUAUUAGAACGAGAAAAACAUUUUAAUCAAGCAACAUUUGAAGAAAAAUUAAGUUCAGUAUUUGCUUUAUUUGAUCGUAAUCAAGAUAAUUAUAUAUCUCCUCAUGAAAUUCGUGAAACUAUGCAUAAUUUAGGUGAAAAUAUUAAUGAUGAUUUAAUUAAAGAAAUGAUGCAAACAGCUGAUAUAGAUCAUGAUGGUCGAAUAAGUCGAGAUGAAUUUAAAAACCUUCUUAAUCAAUUACUUUCAAAAAAAUAA